UGACCGCUGAGAUUGGUAGAACUUUAUCAAGAGUCUUUGGAUCGUUGGAGUUGGCAGGAUUUGAUUAGAUAUAUUUUUUUUAUCUUUACUGUGUUCGGGAAAUGUAAAGAAUUUGUUUUCAAAAAUGACUGACUCUAAGACUAGAAAGCAUAAGGUUUCCAAAAAGACAAAGAAAUCAUGGAGGAAAUAUGUGGAUAUCAAAGAUGUAGAUGCUUUUCUGGAGGACAAGAGAUUAGAAGAGCGAUUAGGUGUUUUCUCAGAAUACUCAAAUUCUCAGCUGUUUAUUGUAGAUAACACUGCUAAUACAAUCGAGAGUGGCACAACUUCUAAACAUGCAACUAGAUUGGCCUUAAAAACUAAAGAACUAAAAUGCUUUGCAUCUUUAAAACCACAUACACUAGUUCCUGAUCCAAUUUCUGUAAGAAAUCGAGUGAAAACUAAGGAGGAACGUGUAAACUUUAUAUUACGGCAAUGUAGAGCGGAGAGAAAAAAUGUUCUUAAAUUGAAAGAAAAAGAAGCAUUGAAGAAUAAAGUGCUUGCAAAGACUGCUGCAGCAAAUUGUCCUGAGAAAGGAGAGAUUAAAAGCGAUAUAUGGGACAGUACAACUGACUUAUUACCAAAACCAAUUACUAAUUGGAUGUCUGCAGAUGGCAUUCGACAUACAAUCAAACAUUUAGGAGUACAAAAAAGAAAAUUACCUUCAUCGUUGCUUAAAAAGUCAUCCGUUUUACCUGCAGUGGAGAAUCCACAUCCAGGUACAUCUUAUAAUCCAUCAUAUUCUGAUCAUCAAAAGUUAUUACAUGAAGCUGCUGAAAAAGAAGUAGAAUUUAUAAAGCAACAACAGCAUUUGGACAGGGUCACAACUAGAAUGUUCAAAAAGAUUCCAGUAAAUAAACGAGAGGAAUAUCUGAUAAAAGAAAUGUCAGAAGGUUUACCAACAAAGAAUCAAUUUGCAACAAAUUUAAAUUCUACUGAGGAUCACAAUGAAGAAAAUUUAUCUGUCGCAACAGCAAACAAUAAACCUGUCAAAAAUACAAAGAAGACAUUAGUGCAGAGAAGAAAGCAACGAGAGCAGAAGCAAGCAAGUAAUGAACUUUCAUUGAUCAAACUGGAAAAGAAAAAACUUUCUGAUAUAUACAAGCUGAGGAUUCUGCAAAAGCAGAUAGAGGCCAAAGAAAAAAAACAAGAGAUUUUACGACAAAAACGAAUAAAGAAUGAAGAGAAAAAAUCCAUUUUACCGAAAACAUUGAGUAAGACAAAAUUUGAGCCCUUGGAUCUCGAUUUCCGGCUUGCGGAAGAAUUGACUGGCAAUUUGAGAAAUUGUAAAUCCUCUACGAAUUUACUGAAAGAUCGAUACAAAUCGCUUCAACAGCGAAACAUGGUUGCUCCAGCUGUUAUAAAACUGACGCGAGAUAAAGCAAAGGUGAAAAAAUUUGUGAAACCAGAUCAUAAAAUAAAUAUGGAUGACAUCAAACUAAAAUAAGGAAUGUACAAUAUCUAUCUCUGUGCUGCUAUACUUUUUUUUU